AUGUCCCGGGCGGCUCGUCGUCUGGUGCCACCAACACGUCGCGGCCAAUACGCGGCACGGUACAUUGACAUAGGACACAUGUCAAAACUCUGGCCGGCUCCCAACGCUCAAGUCUACCAAGCCCAAGUCCAGCUCACUGGCAAGCCUAGACCAUCCGGUGCACGCAACCCAAGCGAAGCCGAACCUCCAUCGCCGCCCGCCGCCCGCCGACCUCCCCGCGCCUGGCCAAUGCUCGCGCCUCCUCUGCCUAUGACGACCGAAUGGCCCACCUCCGAACCCACUCUCGUCUCCUCCAUUACCCCGCAGCCGCAGUCUACAUCACCUAGUAGGUACCGUACUUGCCAUACUGACCCGCUCCGCGUGAGCCGCCUGUGCCUAUGCCCAUGUCAUGCUUCUUUCAUGCUACCUGGUUUUGCGACCUGGCCCGGUCCUGGACUUGAUGCCCUUUGCGCAGGGCGAGAGAGGGGUAACUUGUUGCAAGACGUCAUGGGCCAUGGCUUCGUUGCUCCAGCUCCCCCCACAUCUUCGAUGGACAACACCUGA